GGCGUGGACUAAAUAUAUUGAAGAUAGAAGAGACAAUGAACCAUGAUUAUAAAAACGAGUUGAAAUACAAUUUAUACAAUGAUAUUCAAACUUUACCAAAUGACGUCGAAACGAGAUUGACAUCGACGGAAAAAGUGUACAAAGAUAAGACAACGUACUGUCGUCCAGUACUCAGUUAUUAUAAUGAACAAUUUAUAUAUAAAACGAUGGAAAGGAAUGCUAGACUGAAACGAUUAGUUAAAAAUCUCGCAGUUGCGAGACAGAGAGAAAAAGAAACUGUUAGCUGGAAUAACUUUAUAAAUGAAUUAAAAAACAAACAUGCUUUAAAAAGUGAUGAAACAAAACUCAGGCUCGUAGUUAAAGAGUCUGAAGAGUAUAUCACUCCUGAAAUUUUCAAUGAUUAUUAUAAAACGAAGUUUUCUCGUGUUCAGUCUAGACCGUGUAAGCAUUUUUUACAUGAAUUUUACGGAACAUACGAUGAAUCUGAAUCUAAUUGUACAUACUGCCGACAGUUAAACGAAAGGCAAUUAAGACAAUCUCAAGCUAAUAAGUACUCCCCGCGUGAUAGGGAUUCAUAUUGCUAUCCUACUUCUUCUCGAGGGAGACUGAUAUUGAUGGAUAAGGAAAGACGAAAAAAGCAAUCAAUAAACAAUUGGCCUAGUCAUUUACACGAUAAAUAUUUGUCCCAAAGAAGUAGAGUAGUUAAUAGUCGACUCGAAAAAGCUGUCGACACUGAAAUGUAUAAAGACAUUCCCAAUUAUAAUAGAAUAUUUUGCCACAGUCGAGCCACUAGUUUUGAUAAAAUGAUUUCAGUUGAAGCAGACAUAAAGUUUUAUCCUGAUUUCGUUAAAAGUAAAUACAACGACAAAGCUACCUAUAAAACAGACCCUAUGCCGAGUGCCCUAGAAGAUAAUAUUGACACAGAUAUAAAUGAUGAAAUAUUACCUGGACACUCUAAUAAUCUGAAGAAAUUAUCAUUAAUAAACAUAGAUAAUAAACUUGAAAAUCUUAUCAAGUCAAUAAAUAAGUUUAUCGAUGAAAUUAAUAAGAAUAAACAAAAGAGAAAAAGAAACGAGGAUUACAAAAAUAUACAAUACAAAUACGCGCAACCGACAAACGACGAAGGUGAAAUAAAUUUAACGGAAAAAGAUUCAAUUCCCAAACACGUAUCAAAAGACACUAAUAAAUGUAUUAUAUGUAAAACAGCUGGUAUUUCUGAACAUCAAUUAAAUUGGUCUCUCAAAAACUAUAGACAAUCCUACAAAGUAAAUAAAAUCAUUCAAGAAGGUGCAGCAACAUCUAAAAGUAUAAAAAAUACUAAAAGUAUACAAUUUAGUAGCAUAUUGAAAAGUAAAUCAUCCUCUGUACAAUUUACUUUUGAAAUUCCAACUAAAGAUUGUUCAACUGAAGUUACUAAGUCACUUUCAAAACAUAAAACAUGUUCUGAAAAUGGAGACGCUAUUAUAGAAGAAAUCUGUGGACCAGAGCACGAUUUUCCUCAUCAACGAAUGACGAUUGCCGUAAACACUGAUCCUUUAAGCUUUUUAAGCCUGCUGAGGAUUUCAACAGAUACUUUCAAGAGUUUCUUGUCUUACGUGCCGAACGUCGACUGUUAUUCAUAUUUGUCACUCCUCCAAUUCCCUCAGUCAACGAGGAAUAUAGAGUCACAUUACGUUUGUAAUAUUUGCGGCGCGGAUUUCAAUAAGCCAUCUAAAUUAAGUGAUCACAUCCGAGGACAUGAUCUCGGUCAAACGAAGGACUGUUGCGUUUGUCGUCACGUUUUGGACAAAGUGAAGAAGACUCCUGGACUAUUCCGAUGCCGGUACUGCGGGCAGCCAUUCGUUCGAGCCUAUUGCUGUGAGCUGCAUCAGCAAACGUGCGCUAGAAGAUUUGGACUACACCACGAUGUUACCUCUAGCCUAAUGUUGCUGAGAUAGACACGACUUUGUGCGAUAUUGUUCUCAAUUACUUCAAGCUUCGUGUAAACAGUGGCAAUUUCUCCAGGCUUGUGUUUAUAUUAUUGGAAUUUCUAUAUCAGUUUGAGUAAAACCUAGACUCAAAGGUGUUUUGCUCUUCAAUUUGGACAAAUUUAUUAAAUGAUUUUAU